AUGAAGGAAUCAAACGUGCUUGAAAUCCCUUUGGACCAAAGGGUUGGUUUGAAAGUGCGCAAUUUGAGUGUUGCUGUAAAGUCAAAAGUUAAAAACAAGGACCCACAUCAUGCAGACGAAAAGGAUAAUUUCAACGUCAAAUCGUCUAAAAUACUUAAUGAUAUUUCGUUUGAUGUCAAUAGUGGAGAAUUGAUUGCCUUGAUGGGAGGUUCUGGAGCAGGUAAGACAACUUUAUUGCAUACGUUAUCACAAAGGACAAAUGUAAAGAAUAAGAAAUUGGAGUACUCAGGAAGCAUUGAAUACAUAAGAUCAAGCGAAUCAAUCAAGCACAUCAAACAUGCAUAUCUACUUCAAACGGAUUUCUUUUUACCUGGGUUGACUGUGUUGGAAACGUUUCAAACUCAAGCUGAUUUGAGGUUACCACCAUAUGUCAGUCAAGAAGAGAAGCUGGAGUUGAUUGGUUAUAUUAUUGAUGUGUUGGAGUUGAGCCAUUUGAAAAAUACUAGGAUUUGCCAAUUCUCACUGCAUACAACAACUUUAUCUGGUGGUGAACAAAGAAGAGUAAGCUUGGCAAUUCAAUUGUUAUCUCGUCCAUCAAUAUUGUUUCUUGAUGAACCAACCACAGGAUUAGAUACCUCCUCGUCGUUGAAAUUGGUACAAUUGUUACACAAGCUUGCUUCAAACACAUAUGGAAUCACUGUCAUUUUAUCGAUCCAUCAACCAAGACCAGAGAUCUGUGACUUGUUCGAUAAGGUGUGCUUGUUAACAAAAGGUGGUAGGUUGGUCUACUAUGGAAAUCUCAAAAAUGAAGCCCAAAGCUAUUUUUCAAAGUUGGGCUAUGCACCAGAGAUGAACCAACAUAUCAGUGACCAUGUUAUGAGCUUGUCAGUGAAAGAUUCAAGUACUGUUGAGAAUGAGCUAAAGUCAGCCGCUAGAAUUAAUCAUUUGGUUGAAACUUGGAAGGACGAUCAUUCCUAUGAAUACAAUAGUACUACAAAGAAGGAUCAAGCACAAUUUUUGGAGAACUUGAAAUUAUUUGCCACUCCUAAACAAGAUCAAAUCUCUUUUAUGCAAGAGCUUGUGGUGUUGACAAAACGUACAUUCAUGUUGACAUACCGUGAUAUUCAAACUCUCUUGGUGCUAAACCUUGGAUUUGUGUUUCUUGCAGUUACACUUGGAUGGAUUUUUUACCGUCCUAAACAUGAUCUUGCUGGUAUCAGGUCAUUGAUAUCGGUACAAUAUGUUGUAUUGGAAGUAGUGGGUUUCUGUGCCAUGUUUAUUGAAGUUGAGAGAUUGUGGAAUACCGAUGGUGCUUAUUUCUAUCGCGAGUAUCAAGAACACGUUACAAGCAUCCCUGCAUUCAUAUUGUCCAGAAGGUUGGCCAAGUUCUUGUUGGAGGACUUACCCAUGACUAUCAUCUGGUCAGUGAUCACUUUUUUUAUGUGGGGACUUCGUGUAGGAAAUGGGUCACAUUUUGGAAUUUACUUUACUGUGACGUUACUUGUUCAAUUGGCAUGUAUGAGCAGUACUUUAUUGAUAUAUGCUAUUUCCUCCAGUAUGCCAAUGUCCACGAUGUAUAUCAACUUGCUUUAUCAAAUUCAGAACUCUGCUUCUGGUUAUUUUGUCAACGCUAAGACUAUGCCAGUUUAUGUUAGAUGGUUAAAGUACUUGGCAUAUUUUUGGUACGGAUUUGGUGCGUUGACUGCAAAUCAAUUUACCGAUUGGGUUGGUGAUUGUCCUUAUGACGAUGAGAGUAGCUGUGCUGAGUAUGAUGGUAAUGUGCAAUUACAUAUUUGGGGCUUUCCUCAGAACUGGAUAGCAGAGCCAAUUGGUAUAUUAAUUGUUUGGGUGACUGGAUUCGUUGUCCUUUCAGGGGUCGCUUUGAGAUUGAAGAAUCUUGAUGUUGGUAUGGCCAAGACUAAAAAAAAUAAACUUGGAGAAGAAGAUGAAUCAAACGAUAGCAAGGAUAAAAGUGAAAAAGUUACUGAUGAUACUAUCGAGAAUGAGGCAGAGUUCCAGUCCAAUCAAACAGUCUCAGCAAGUGAGAUAGUUGAAGACAGAUACCCAAUUGAUCUUGAGUUACACAAUGUACAUUUGUCAAUCAAGGAAAAGAAAUUCUGGGGAAAACAAGUGGGAACCAAAACAUUAUUAAACAACGUGAAUGCCAUCUUUAAAGCCAAUGCAGUUAACUGUAUCAUGGGUCCUUCAGGUAGUGGCAAAAGUACUUGUCUUAACUACUUAUCAAACAGGUUGGAUAGGUCAACAUCAUUUAUUGCGUCAGGUGAUAUUAAAGUUAAUGGAAUUCAGGACAUUUCUCGCAGUGAGUUGAAUCGUAUUUCAGCAUAUGUCACCCAACAUGAUAGUUCAUUAAUUUCCAACUUGACCGUGCGUGAAACCUUGUAUUAUCAAGCUAAGUUACGUUUACCUUUGGACCAACACCCUGCUAUUCCUAGAAUUGUCAAUAAAUUAAUCAGACAAACUGGGUUGGUUGAUUGUGCUGAUACUUUGGUUGGAGAUGACUAUGCCAAAGGUUUAUCAGGUGGUGAAAAGAGAAGAUUGAGUAUAUCCAUUCAGUUACUUUCGAAACCAAAAGUAUUGUUUUUGGAUGAGCCAACAUCGGGAUUGGACUCAUCUACAGCAAAGGCCAUUUUCAACUUGUUAUCUGAAUUGGCAAUUGAAAAUGGAACUACGGUGAUCCUCACCAUUCAUCAACCAAGUGAAGAAAUGUUUUUAAGCUUUGGAAGCUUGUUGUUUUUGGGUAAAGGUGGUAAUGUGAUUUACAAUGGAAGUGCUCAUGGAAUUGUACAAUAUUUGGCAAAUAUUGGCUUUACUAAUCAUAGUCAAUUGAAUAUUGCCGAUUACAUCUUGGAUUUGGUCAGUCAUAGUUCCGAGGAUGAUGAUGCACAAGCAGUGGACAACCGGAUUGAGAUGUUGGUUAGCAACUGGGCUUAUAAUGUGAAUCAUCAUGACAAGAAAGUUGCUACUAAUGCUCAACGUCAAAUUAUUGACUUGUCUCAAUUUUAUUUUAGACGAUUACCCUUUGUUCAUACAUUUUCCACAGUUACAAACAGACAAUUGUUGACAUCAUUUAGAUCGAAAGAUAGUAUCAUUAGUCGAAUUGGCCAAACUGUUUUCCUCACUAUCGUCCAUACAUUGUUUUUCGCUCCUUUGAAGAAUACUCAAGAUGGUAUCAACAACAGAUUAGGUUUGAUUCAAGAAGUGUUGAAUUUGUACUUUGUGGGAUUUGUCAAUAACAUCAGUUUAUAUCCAUUUGAAAGAGAUUUGUUCUACCAAGAGUAUAGAGAUGGCAUUUAUGGGGUUACAGAAUUUGGAAUAUCAUACCUCCUCAAUGAAUUACCAACAGAGAUUAUUCCAUGUUUCUUUUUUUCAGCAUUGAUUGUGUUUGUGUGUGGAUUACCUCGCAAUGCCUCCAUGUAUUUUGCCAUGUUUGCUACUGGGUUCAUAUCAAUCAAUUGUGGUGAAUCAAUUGGAAUCUUUUUCAACAGUGUUUUUAAACAUAUGGAAGUUGCAACAAAUGUUUUAUCGAAUCUUAUCAUUAUUGCCGUGUUCAUGGGCGGUACAAUGUCGUUACAUAUGCCUCAUUUUUUCAAAGCUAUGAAUUAUUUGAGUCCUAUGAAGUAUGCCGUUUCGAUUUGUGCUAAUUUAGGGUUCAAGAACCAAACUUUUUCAUGUGAUUCUAUUGGUGAUUGUAGUUUCAAAACAGGACAUGAUGUUUUGCAAUAUUACAAUUUAGAAGCAAAUAUAGGUGCUAUGUUUGGAGGAAUUUUUGCUUGUCUUGUUAUUUAUAGAUUGAUUGCUAUUUGUUCGAUAUAUGUUAGGGUCAAAUGGUUUUAA